GGGAUUUCUGGCCUGUUUAUUGCAGAAGCUAGCAAGAUGAUCUUGAAGGUUCUUCUAUAUCCAAGCUUCCCCUGGGAGUGGUAUCUAAAUCAUCAAUGGUCAGCUGGGCAAGAUCCAGCCCCAGGCAAUCCAGGUUGUAAGUAGCCAGGAGAUCAUUGCCCAGCCCAUGCUGCAAGCAGAGUCACAAUGGGUCUGGCUCUAGAUCAGCUCCAUGCCACACCUGGCCUGAACACCUGCCUGUGAGUAAACAUAGCACUGAACACAUGAGACGAGGUAAGUUUGCUGAACAAACUUACCCUGCUGUAGUUGAGCUGCUCCCAAGUGGAAAGCAGACUCUGCAGGAAAAACUGGGUUGGUUUGUUAACCUAAGAUAUCUUUCCCACUCUGCCUGGCCACCCACCACAGUGAAACAACUGGAAUUAUCUGCUCCAAUUUUGUAGAAAUUUAAAGUUUAAUUGUUUUCUUCAGAGCAUAAAAAAUUUCCCUUGGUUAGGGCCACGUUCUGCAAUUUUUUGCACCCUCAAUUCUCUUCACAUGAGCACAUUCAGGGCAUUCAUAAUUUCUGGUCUCUAGGAUGUCCACAGUACAAUGUAACAGAGUUGAGUUCAAUGAGACAACAGUUCCAUAAAGUGAUUCUGGUGGCCUUAGGCUAAGGAGUGUAGUGUAUGCCUGGUCAGGCUGAUGGCAGAGAAGUGUCUGUGAAGAUGUGAUGGCCAUGAGAAGACAUCAUUCUGCCUUGAAUGUAGUUUUGAUCCUUGGACUUACCUGUUGAAGUAUUUGUGUAAUGCAACUUCUAAAUAAAGCAUGUGGUCAGUCUUUCUCAGUAACUGCACUUGUCAAGAGCUAUGGGCUCACUUGGCUGCCUGAAGAGCAGCUCCUCAGAGCACUGCCUUUCCCAGUCUGUUGGCCUUCCUGUAAAUCCAACUAGUUUUAUUUUGAUGUAGACAGUGAAAUGCCAAGAGUUAUAUUUUACCCCUAUAACAGUUAUGAGAGGAUGCAAGUAUCUGAAGAGUCUUUCUCUGGAUGGAUGGACUGGAAGAUCAUGUCUAUCAGCAGAUCUUUCACUAAUAAGUAGUAGAUUUGUGCCACUGCUUCAAGGGAAACCUGAUGGUUAACACCCAGAAAGUGCUGUGUCACCCCUCUGCCGAGUUUUCCUGAUGAGAUGGGAAACCAAAGGUCACAGUGCUGAGGGAGUAUGGUACAAACCAGUAACAUCACCUACCAGUCUGAAGUGCAUUUUGAGUUACUGUGCUGUUGAGACUUCAUAACAUUUCUGUUGGGCUGAGCCUGUGGGCCCAGAAUCACAGUUAUCAGUACUGGCAGCAUCUCCCAGCAAACGUGUUCUUGUGAGCAGUGUCAGCUCCUCUUUCUUGGAAGACUUGCUCAAUGAAGCCUCAGCUUCCGGUGACAUGCAGCAGACUUGCAGGAAGGCCUCAAGUGGGAGGUGUCCCUGGGAUGAGCCUAACCCUUAUCUUGCCAGCCAGCUGCAGGGGGAUUAUCCGGGAACAGAGCUAUGCACACACUCUUGCACUGGCUGGACUGCCUUGAGACCGUUCUCUUGUGUUGUAAAGCCAGCAAGAAAGCAAGGAUUGAACUACUCUGAGCUCUCACGUCUCCAGUGGAGGAUACCAAAUUCACCUAACUUUAGAAACUCAUCCUCAGAACAAAACAACAAAAGACCUUGGCUGUGGUGUCAGUCCUAGAGUGUGUGGUGUCUUGUCUCCACCUCAUCCAGUCUCACCAGGGAAGUGUUUGCAGGUGAAAAUGAACAGUGGAAUCCUCUUGUCCCUCCUUGGCUUCCUCCCACUCGUGACACCCAUAUGCCCCGUGCCAUGCAAGUGCACCACCACCAUUACUGACUGCUCAUUGAAAAACCUGACUGUAGAAAACCUGCCCACUGCGUUCCGUCCCUCGGCUGAAAUCAUCCACCUCGGUUCCAACAGGCUCACCUCUAUUCCCAAUGGGCUCUUUGACAACCUGAGGAGCCUCCAGGUAGUCUACCUGCAGGGCAACCCUUGGGAAUGCACCUGUGACAUCCUCUACUUGCGCUCCUGGCUCCAGUGGCAGCAGAACCGGAGCCUGUACAGGGAUGUGAGGUGCAGCUCCCCGGAGCACCUGCAGGGCCGCAUCAUCGCCUACCUGACAGAAGAUGAGAUCGUCUCCACAUGCCAGCAUUGGUACUGCAGCCUGGCUCUGCUCUCUCAGCUCUCUCUCUUCAUCCUCCUUUUCCUCCAGGGCAUUUUGGUUAUCCUCAUCAUUGUCUACCUGCAGAAAUUUCGGAGAAUGACCGCUGAAGUCCGGAGCACCACCCGAGAACUAGACCAGCAGGUAGACCCUUGGGUAUCUUCUUCAAUAAACCCCUCCAACAAUGGUUAACAUCACGAGACAGAAGACCCUCCUCCCUUUGGGGGACACUGUGCCGAAGUCCUGUAGUUUGUGAUACCCAGAGGGGACAGUUUAGUACAGCAUCUAAUCCUGACUGCAGUCUGAAGCAGGACUUGAACUGAUCAGACUUUUGCUGCGUUCCUAAAGAAUCCAUCUCAUGAUUUUUCAAAGCUUUAAAUUCUUUAGCAUGAUCUUGACUGCUUGUCUGAGCUGGAAGUGGUUCAGUAGACCAAGGAAGUCAUAAACUACAGCGACCAGAACUGACUCAAACAGCUCAUAGGGGCUGCAGGGCUCAAUCCCUCCCCUCCGACAGUAUUCCAGCCAUAUUUUCCAGGAUGUUUGUGGUUGUGCUGGGUCAGGUGAGGACAGAAGUGGGCAGCGAACUGUUUGAGUACUGAGCUAGAAGAAUGGAGAAAUACAGUUUCCUUCUGCUACCACAGACAGCAUUAAGAGCUUUGGACUAGGGAUUUAGUUUUCUCCUGCCUUGGUUUCCCAAGUAAAAGGGAAAGGAAAUAUCUUCUUGCUUGAUGCAUCUUUUCCAAUGUUCUUCUGGGGAAGGGAGGGCAUGUCUAAAAGCCCACUCAUCUUACCUUAUCUGCAUUCCUUUUAGUCUACUUUAGUUUUAAUACUGACUUAGUGAGUGAGACUGGAGAAAUUUAUGAGAAAUUCAUCCUGAAGACAAGAAUUGUUUGACUGUGCCUGUAUGGCACCUGGCACAAGAGAUCUGGUCUUGAGAGGCUCAAACUACAAACCCCACUGAUGUGCCUACUGCUGUUUAUGGUGUCCCUUAAUUAUUUUUGAAAUAAAGCAAAAUUUAAAUAAAAUUAUGCACGAUGCAGU